AUGGGUGCGGAGGAGGAAGAUGAGAGCCCGGGGCAAGGCGUUUCGCCGUCUCUAUUUCCCCGGCCGAGCAUCGCAGUAAUCAAGGCGCCGGAGGAUGUGAAGAGGAUCGAGCAAGAAAACGGCACGGCGCAACAUGGAGGUAAAGACACAACGUCGGAAAAGGAAGGCGAAGGAGAAAAUAAAUCCGCCAGCGGAAACACAAUUACUGUGACAGGAAUAGUAGAUUCCCAGGGCGACGCUACUUCAUCCACCCCGAUUCUUGCAGAUGGAGCAAGCACAACUUCUACGGCGCUUGUCCCCGCCGCCCAGCAUUUCCAUUCCCGAGAGCGGCGGAACAGCUUCACGCCGAAUCUAGGCGGAACUCUCGCUGGAACUCCAGGAGCCGGAACAAGCACCAUGACAAACUUGACACCACUCGCCCAGCAGCAGCGGAAUUCUCUCUUUCUCAGCCAGCAAAUGAUAAACCAGCAAAACCGCCCCAGCGUCGCACUGCAAUUACCGGACCAUAUGAAUGCAGCUUCGG